CGACAACGACUCAACCGACCUGGUCAACACUCCACGCUCAAUUGUCCCGUCAAGAUGAGUUACUAUGGAAUCGGAGGCGCUACGACGGCGUUGGCGGUAGUGGGAGCUUAUAUGCUCUUCACUGGUGAUGGAGAAGCUUUCAAUGUUGGCCAGUUCCUCGAAGAUAUAUCCCCAUAUGCCUGGGCAGAUAUGGGAAUCGGUUUGUGCAUUGGGUUAUCAGUUGUUGGAGCAGCAUGGGGCAUCUUCAUAACUGGCUCUUCGAUUAUCGGUGGUGGAGUUCGAGCACCUCGAAUCAGAACAAAGAACUUGAUUUCCAUCAUUUUCUGCGAAGUCGUCGCUAUUUACGGCGUCAUCAUGUCGAUCGUGUUUUCCUCCAAGCUCAACUUUGUCGACGGAGAUGGUAUAUACUCUGGCAGCAACUACUACACUGGAUAUGCUUUGUUCUGGGCUGGGUUGACUGUGGGCUUGUGCAACCUGAUUUGUGGUGUCUCAGUUGGAAUCAAUGGCAGUGGCGCUGCUCUUGCAGAUGCUGCAGAUCCAAGCUUGUUCGUCAAGAUCUUGGUCAUCGAGAUCUUCAGUUCCGUCCUGGGUUUAUUCGGUCUGAUCAUUGGAUUAUUAGUUUCCAGCAAAGCCGCCGAAUUUGCUAGCCCAACAGCAUAACCCACACAAAGACAAUUAAGAAAUCCUCUAGGAGUGAUUUUUCGAGAGAAGUUGUGGUGUACGUGUAUAUCGACCAAGCGGUACGGAAGAGGCGUUCAGGUAGACGUGGAUGUCAGGGAAUUCUGGAAUGCAGCAUAGCAUAGUCGCAUGAGACUGGUUGUAUCAUAUUCGCGACUUUUGAUCGCAACGUCUUCAAUAACUUUUCUUCGCCUGUAGAUGUCUGCAGUGGGAAUUUGCCAUUCUUCUGGUGUCUCGAAUAAGGUCCGAAAUAGAAAUUCGGGCUCGAGAGACAGAACUCUCCUCCUUUACAGAUCAACACGAUAUGGGACAAGUUGGUUCGAGUCUCGAUUUUGUUCCACUUCUCAUACUAGCAAAGCAUUCCGUUCUGUUAUGGUCGAAGUC